UUUAGUCUCUGUAAAAGUUCAGGGGAAACAUUCUCAAAAUGUCUAUAAGCAGAAACAAGUUGAUUUUACUACUAGGAAUGGUCUUCUUGGAACGAGGGCAUUCUGCAACCCUCUCUCUCCCUGAAGCUCUUAACUGUGGGCAGAGUCUGGUUAAGGCCCAGUCUUGGAAUGACUUUAGCACUUUCAGCCGCAUUAUUGGGGGAAGCCAAGUGGAGAAGGGUUCCUAUCCUUGGCAGGUGUCUCUGAGACAAGGAAGGAAACACAUCUGUGGAGGAUCCAUCAUCUCCUCACAGUGGGUGAUCACCGCUGCUCACUGUGUUGCAAAGAGAAACAUUGCAUCAACGUUGACUGUUACUGCUGGAGAACAUGACUUGAGCCAGACUGAGCCAGGAGAACAAACACUCACCAUUGAGACCAGCCUCAUACACCCCCAGUUCUCUAUCAGAAAGCCCAUGGAAUACGACAUCGCCCUGUUGAAGGUGGCAGGGGGCUUCCAAUUCGGCCACGUGGCGAGGCCCAUCUGUCUUCCAGAGCCUGGGGAGCACUUUGGAGCUGGACUUGUUUGCACAACUGCAGGAUGGGGGCGCCUGACUGAAGAUGGUGCCCUCCCUCAGGUCUUGCAGGAAGUGAACUUGCCUAUUUUGACUCAGGAGAAGUGUGAGGCAGCUCUGCUGAUCUUAAAGAAUCCCAUCAGUGGAAAGACCUUUCUCUGCACAGGCUCACCCGAUGGAGGGAGAGACGCGUGUCAGGGAGAUUCAGGAGGGUCACUCAUGUGCCAGAAUAAGAAAGGAAUGUGGACUCUGGCUGGCGUGACCUCCUGGGGCUUGGGCUGUGGUCGGAGCUGGAGAAACAAUAAGCAGAAGAAGGAGCAAGGGUCUCCAGGCAUUUUCACAGAUGUUAGUAAGGUGCUUCCCUGGAUCUACGAACACAUCCAAACUGGGAAUGAAGUGACCCAGCAAGGUGAAGAGGUGGCCAGGGUGGCCGUGCCAGGGCAGACAGCAGAGGCGGUCUAGACAAGUCAGGACCACGGAGUAGGAAGGGCAGUUUCCGUGCUCGCUGUGGUACUCAAGGGCCAUGAAAUUUACUAUCCAAUGCAGGAGCUUAACAGUGGUGUGCGGCGCAGCAUGCAAAUAGUCCGUGAAAUUCAUUCAUCAUCAUUUGUUCAUCUUCAUCUGUGAUUGGAACUCUUGUGUAACCUGACGACUUUUCUUCUUCCCAGAACCCACUCUGUAGUCCUCUGGCUGGCCUCAAACCUAUAGUGGACCUCCUGGCUCUGCCUCCAGAAUGCUGGGAUUAAAGGUGUGUGCCACCACACCCGGCUACCUGACGACUUUUCUUUCAACACUUGACACAAGGUUCUAAUAAGAUUCAGCUAGGAACUAAUCAAGGGCAAUGCUCCCACCAGUCGGUCAUUAGAAGACAUUUUGGGAUGUUAAAACUAGAGGGGCGUACUGACACCUAGUGGACAGAGGUCAGAGGUACCGCUAAACUAUCUACACUACAAAGAUCAACCCCUUUGUGAUGACCACCUCACUCCAAAAUUAAUAAGGGGAAGGCUGAAAACUGCUGGCAUAUGACCACAGACAGUAAGUUUGAAGGAUACAGUCCACAUCCCACCUGCAACUAAACUGUCCAGGAGUGAAUUGCAGCUUUGUUUAUACUUCCAAUCCCAAAUUUAAUUGUUUUCUUACCUGUUUUCUUCCAAUCCCAUAAAGGCUUCUAUCCUUUCCCAAAGGGGUUAAUUCAAAUUACUUCCUUAAACUUUAAGAGAUGUUUUGUUUUGUUUUUUCAAAUGUAUGACAUCAUGGCCAGUAUCUGAACUCUCCAUUUAAGUUGUGGCUAUCCUGGAAACUGUUAUGUAAUUGCAGUUUUCAGCUCUAGCUUCCAUUCCCAUGCAAAAUGAUCUGCUUUUGCUCUUUGUAAUCUCGAAGUUAAUCAUUGUCUGUUUCUUAAAUUUAAGAAUAAAAUAAGUGAAAUGCCCUUCUUAA